AUGCUCGCGUAUUCCCAGCAGACGCAGACAACGUUGGAAGACGCCCAUGAAGCCUUUUCUCGGGGUGAAAUUGAGCGUGCCAAGUCAAUCCUUGACGGCGUUGACACUUCGGAGGCACGCGACCGGGAGGAGCUGCACGACCUUUUCGCCAUCCGUUGCGUGCGUGCUUCCAUCGCGGCGAUGGCGGGCGAGCGGACGGUGGCAAGCAUCAUGAGCGACACCGCGUCCUCCUCGCUGCACCGUCCUGUUGUGCUCUACCUGGAAGGACUUGCGGCGAUGGCAAGCGGCACAAACCUCCAGACUGCACGGGUGAAGUUUGAGGAGGCGUUCCGCGCCGAUUGCCACUUUGUGUUGGCGAGGCUUGGACUUGCCGCCGUGAGUUACCACAUGAAGCGCUACAAGAAGUCCUUCUCCCACUAUCGCGCCGUUUUGGAGACACUUGGCAGCGCCUGCCCCCCGAUUGCGCGGGUGGGGAUGGGGCUCUGCGCGUAUCACCUGAAUCAUCUGGACUACGCCCAAAGGUGUCUGGAACGGGCCCUGGAGGUGAACAAGGACGACGAGUUGGCCCUACUGGCGCUUCUUGUGGUGUUUCUAGACCGCUGCCAAAUUCCAAAGGUGAUUGAGGUGGCGCAGCGUCUACGGCACGCGCUGCCAGGGAAUGCCAUGGUGCUGCUUAAGGUGGCGGACCUCGUGUACUUCCGCGCCGUGACGCAGAAGCGGGUGAAGGCGUCUGCCAACUCCGUCCGCCGCCUGCUGGCGGAGGUGCGUCGGGUGGCCAACGUUGAGGAAAGUGCCACUGCGGAUUAUCAGGAGGGGCGAUUGUGUCUUGCUCUCGGUGACCUCUCCAACGCCCGCCUGCUGCUUGAGUCUGCCAUGCAGGUCCUCCCCAAUCUGCUGGCCGCACGGAUUCACUACGCCCGGGCUUUACUGCUCUCGGGAAGGGAAACCGAGGCGGAGCAGUUGCUACUUCGCCUUAACAGGGAGAAGCCCAACCAAAAGGAGGUGCUGCAGCUGCUGGCAGCUUACGCCUCCCGUCAUGGCCUACAUGAGAAGGCGUUGGAGUAUAGUGGGCGCCUCACGGAGCUUGUGGCACCUGGCGACAUUCGCUCGUGGUCCAUUGCCUCCUGGUGUGCCCGUUUAGAUAAAGAUGAGACAAAAAAGCUCAUGUCGCAUCUCGCUCGUAUUCAAAAAGAAGUGGGGGAACCCGUGUCCAUGCAGCUGCUUGCGAAUAUAGCUUCCCUGGGUGGGGACACCGAUGCCUUACAGAGAAUCCUCGAUCGGGAACUCGGGGCCGACUUUUUAAGUCAACCCAACCUGCCCGUAGCCUACGUCCCUUUGGUGUUUAACUUGGCACUGCUGUUAGAGGAAACAGAUCGCACGAGGGCUCGACAGCUCUAUAUAUUCCUUGUGAAGCAGCACGGCUACUUUCAACCCCCGUACAUUCGUCUUCACGUGCUUGCAAAGGCGGAUGGAUUUGUGAGACAAGCCGUUGCCUGGCUUGUGUUGUUGCAGCGGGUUGUACCGGAGGACCCCACCUCGUUGGCGUCUAUUGCUGAGCUAUUUUUUACGCACUCCCGCGCCACUGCAGCAAUGGCGGCGCUCCGUUCUGCGAGAGGUCGACCUAUUCCAGUUGCCCUCGCCUUUGGGGCGGUAUUUCUUUGGUGCAGCCAGCAACACGGGAAGGACAAUCGUCGUUUCUUAGCAAGUGCCAAGGAUCGUUUUGCAUUUGUUCUGCGCCGUGAUAACGGCAACGUGUUGGCGGCGCACGGCCUUGCCUGUUGCCUUGGUUUAGAGGCGGACUACGAUCGUUGCCAGUGCCUCCUAGAUCGCGUUGGGGAAGUGCGUCCCAACUGUGACUACGUACGCCGGCACCAUGAGGCGCACAUGGCGAACGUGAAGACGCUGAGUGACAGCUUCAAGCAGGCGAUAGACUACCUUGAGCGUGACCCGAAGCGAACACCGUUGCAGACGUCUUCCUUGGCCUUUUGCUUGGCGUGUGAAAGUCGCUAUGAGGAGGCCGUUGCCGUGCUCAGUACGGUUGUGGAGGAGAAUCCAAACCUGCCGCUUUUGCAGUAUAACCUUGCCCUCUUAUACUGCGCCGCGUUUGUCUAUGCGAUUGCGCGGAAGGAGGCGAUCACGCCAGAGAAGGCCCGGGAUCUCCGCCAGUCGCUCGCCACGGGUCUUUCCAUCGCCUUUGCGUUUAUCCAGCAAGAACCACGCUCCCAGGCAAUGGCGGUUGCCAAGACGUUUCUCAAGAGCGUCUGUGCCUACUGCCUGGACUUGAAUGAUCGCAGCAUCAGCCGCCUCAUUGUGGUGGGUCAGCGCGAGUCCGCGGAGUACGCGCGGCAGUCGAAGCUGUGGCAGCGCGUGUACGACGAGUUCCAAACGGAGAAGCAGAAGGAGGCUGAGCACCGCCAGGCUGAGCAGCGGCAGCGCCAGGAGCAGGAGCUUCAGGUGGCACGUGAGAUUCUGGAGGACUUUCGACGCUCGCAGCUCGACCAGCCGACAAUUCUUGACGAGGCGAUGCGCACGCAACUCGAGGCGUACCGUGCGGAGUUCGGCUCCGCCGUCCCGCCCCCCACCGAGGACGCUGCCGGGGGCGCGGUGGGGGCAAUCGACCCGCCUGAAAAUGCCUCGGCCGCGAUACUUGGCGGCAUGAACCUCGAGGAGGACGAUGUGGCGUGGGCGGGGACCGCCGGGGAAGAAGAGGCGCGUGAAGGGAAGGUGGAGGCGGCGGAUGCCUCGGCGUGA